AUGAAUCCUGAUUAUUAAGAAAUGAACAUAACGAAUUUCAUGUUUGCAAUAAAACUAGAUAAUCCAUUUUAAAUUUAUUAUCCAAAUGAUAACAAAAAAGCAUAUGAUAUUGUGAUUAAUUAAAUGGAAAUAUCUACAUUAGCAAAUGGAACACGAAUUAAGACAGUUUUAAAUUAAAUAUUCUUUGAACAAUGUAGGGAUGAACAUUUUAAAAAUCUUAAUUAUGAAGGCUUUUAGGAAAUAUAAGCUGAUUUAAGUUCUUAUUUAUGUCUACCUCUUAAUUUUAGUUUGAAAUUAUAAGGUACAUUUAAUUCUGAAUUCUUUUUAUAUCCUGCAUUGAAAAUAUCAAUCUGUUAUACAAAUGAUUGUUAUACUAAAGAUUAGAUAGAUUAUAUUGCUAAAAAUAAAUCUAUUUUAGUAUCAUUAUCAACAUUAAUUUAAUCAUCAAUUUAUAUGAGAAACAGUAAAGACAAUUAUCUCUUUCGAUAUUUAAAUUCAGAUUUCUAUUUGUAAACAACAUUUAUGGAAGAAAGCAAAGCUGAUAUAUUUUUUAAAAACAACAAAAUUAUAGCAGAAAAUAGUAUAUUAAGUUUAUAUAAAGAAGAGGAGAGAAAAGAUUUUUGGUCAUUCUAAAUAUAUAAUUAAAGAGAAUUUAGGGUAUUAAUUAAUUAUAAUUUAGGAGUAUCAUGAUUAUCCUAGUGUAUUAUUUUCAUUAAAUUUUAGAAUAAGUUAAGAUUAUGAAUAAAAUAAAAAAACAGCUGAAACAAUUGAUUCUUUUUUGUCUUAUUUUGGAGGGAUUUUAAAAAUAAUCUCAACAAUCUUUGGAUUAAUAGCUCUUUCAUAUAAUGAAAUGGGAUUAAAAAUAUCAUUAGCAAAUCAUUUAUACUAAUUUAAUAUACCAAAGAAAAAAAAUGGAAAGUUUGAAUUCUCAUAUGAUAAAUUAUUAAAUGUUAUUUAAGCUUCUCUAAAUAGAGUAAGUGAUUUAUAAUAGAAAUUAAAAUAACAUACUAAAACUUUAGUAAAAACAAGUAUGGUGAUGAGAGUAUGGAAUAGUUAAAAAUUUCAAAAUCCAAAUAUUUCACAUUAGUAAUCAUAGCAACGAGAUUAUGUAGAAACCCCUUAAAUUGAUUAAUUACAAUUCUAAAAAUAUGUUGAAUAAUUAUAAGAUUAUAAGGGAAAUUUUUUAUAAAGAUUAGUAACUACAUUUAAUUCUACUAGACAUGAUUUAAGAUUAGGAGUAAAUUUUAUACUUUUUGAAUUUUUAUGGUGCACUUGUUGUGAAUAAGUUGAGAUUACUAAAAAGAUGUUAGGAUAAUGUAAAAUGGUUAUUGAUAGAGAUCUUGAUAUUGUUCAUUUGUUGUAAAAGAUUUAAGAAAUAGAUAAAUUAAAAUCUAUAAUUUUGGAAAAAGAUUAAAUUAAAGUUUUUAGUUAUACACCAAAACCUAUUAUUAAUAUUAAUCCAACUUAUUAACAUUAACCAAUAGAAGAUGCAAAAAGAAUUGACUUAUUCUAAUAAUUAAAUUUAUAGAAACCAAAACAUAAGAUAAGAAGAUAAAAUUAUUCAUUAAAUAAACCAAAAAGAUUAAUGAAAAUUUAUGAUUCUUAUAGUAGAUUGAAAUAAUAACAUAAUAAUAAAAAAAACUAAAGAAUAAUUUAACUUUUAGGUCCUACUAUUGAAAUGAUAUUUUAAAAGUAUUAUGAAAUAUAAAACAUGGCUAAAGGAAUAAAUUAUGAAACAAAUGAAAAUAUUGACAAUGUAAAUCCAUAAGUUGAUUUAUAAGUGGAUGUUGCUUUACCAGAGAAUUCUUAUAAUAAUACUCAAAGAGUAAAUGCACCCAAAUUGGAUUAAAAAAUAAUAAAAUUUUAAUAAAUUACUCCAAAAGAUUUGAUGGAUAAAGAUGAACUUCUCAAUUAUGAUUGA